AUGAGGCAGGAGGGGGUUCCUGGGCAGCCGGCUGGAUUUGGCGCUAGAGAUGCUGAAGGGUCUGCUGGUCUGACAGAGUUUCAGGUUGGUCAGCAAUUUCCGGAUAAAGAAGAGGCCUUGUUAAGUGUCAAGACUUACAGCAUCUGUCGAGGGGUACAGUACAAGGUCGUGGAGUCUGACUAUCGCCGGGCUGAUGCAUCCGUCAGCAUCAAGGUGCUCCUAAAUGCCACCGCCGCACACUUUGGGUUUAGGCCAACUUACAGGAGGGUCUGGUUGGCGAAGCAGAAGGCUGUUGCCCUCAUCUAUGGUGACUGGGAUGAGUCGUACAACGAGCUCCCAAGGUGGGUGUUAGGAGUCCAGUUGACGAUGCCUGGUACUGUUGCAGUCAUAAGGACGAGCCCUGUUCGUGUCGGUAGACAGUUGGACGAGUCUCGAGCUUAUUUUCACAGACUAUUCUGGACUUUUCUACCGUGUAUCGAGGCAUUCCGUCAUUGCAAGCCCCUAGUUAGUAUUGACGGCACCCAUCUGUAUGGCAAGUAUGGGAGAACAUUGCUUGUCGCGAUUGCACAGUACGGGAACUCCAAUAUACUCCCUGUUGCAUUCGUAUUAGUCGAGGGUGAGAAUGCUGAGUCGUGGUCCUUCUUUCUCUCCCACCUGCGUCAGCAUGUGACACCGCAGCCGGGUCUGCUGGUUAUCUCGGACAGGCAUAACAGCAUCAAGGCCGCGCUUGAGGCUCCUGACGGAGGCUGGUUACCUCCGUCUACAUACCGGGCAUUCUGCAUUCGACAUGUUACGGCAAAUUUCGCCCUCACCUUCAAGGGCAAAGACGCAAGGAGGCUCCUUGUGAAUGUGGCGUACGCUAAGACCAAGGUCGAGUUCCAUUACUGGUUUGAUAUUCUUAGGUCCGAAGACCCGACGAUGUGUGACUGGGCGAACCGGAUUGAGUAUUCGUUGUGGAUACAGCAUUGUGAUGAGGGGCGUAGAUUCGGACACAUGACAACGAAUAUAUCUGAGUGUGUGAACUCGAUCCUCAAGGGUGUCAGAAACCUUCCUGUCUGCUCGCUAGUGAAGGCAACAUACGGAAGGUUGGCCGAAUUAUUUGUUCGCAAAGGGAGAGAGGCUGAGGCACAGAUGGGAACGGAGCACAAUUUAGUCAGCACUUGGUGA